AUGAAUGAAAACAGCAUUCUGAUACCUGCUGCAAACAAAAGCAUUCUCGCAGAUUCUUCUGUCUUUGACUCUAAAAUCAAUGAAACCUCAAAAGAAAACCUGUUUGCUGGUUCUGCAGAAAAUGAUGAAGAAAUGCCUCAAAUUGAAACCAGAGUGAUUCUGGUGGAAGAUGCUGGGAAAGAUGACGAUCUGUUAAAAGCUUUGGAGACAGUUAAAGUAAUGGAAGUUCCUGUUAUAAAGAUAAAGGAAAAUUGUACAGAGAAAUCCAGAGACUCAUUUAUUAAAAGCAUUGUAAAUAUGGAGAUUAAAGUUCCCUGCAUCAAAACGGAAACGGUGAAAGAGUAUGCAGAUGCCGAUGGACCUGAAUUCGAAAACGUGUUUGUUUUAUCAGACUUCCAGAAUCCAUCCUUUCAAUACUUGUAUAAAGCGGAUUGCAGAGUGCUUGGACCACCAAUAAUCUUAUAUUGUGCUCGCAAAGGAGAGCCUUUGCCUUUUACUUCCCGACCUCUGUAUUGUGCAAGCAUGUUAAAUUUGGUGCUCUGCUUUACUGGAUUCAGAAGAAAAGAAGAAUUGGUAAAGCUUGUGACCUUAGUUCAUCAUAUGGGCGGAACGAUAAGAAAAGAUUUUAGCUCAAAAGUUACCCAUCUAAUUGCUAAUUCAACUCAUGGAGAUAAAUUUAGGGUUGCUGUUAGUUUGGGUACCCCCAUCAUGAAAGCAGAAUGGAUAUUUAAAGCUUGGGAAAAAAGGAAUGAGCUUGAAUUCAGUGCAACAGAUGAUGAAUUCAAAAAUUCUUUUAAAGUCCCUCCCUUCCAGGACUGUGUACUAAGUUUUAUUGGAUUUUCUGAUGAAGAAAGGGUUAGCAUGGAAGAAAUGACAGAAAUGCAAGGUGGGCAGGUCUUACCUGUUGGCAAUGAAAAAUGCACUCAUCUGGUAGUUGAAGAAAGCUCUGUAAAAGAGUUACCUUUUGAGCCUCCUAAAAAGCUAUAUGUCGUAAAACAAGAGUGGUUUUGGGGAAGUAUACAGAUGGAUGCCCGAGCAGGAGAAACAAUGUACCUCUUUGAAAAGCCGGACAGCCCAGCUCUUAAAAAGUCUGUGUCCCUACUUUCAUUGAACACCCCAAACAGCAAUCGAAAGAAACGCCGCUUAAAGGAUACUUUAGCACACAUAACAAGAGAUACUGAUAUAUCGCCAUUUCCACCUCGCAAACGUCCUUCAGGUGACCAUUCAUUGUCUAUAGGAUCACUGCUUGAUAUCUCAAACACACCAGAUUCUGCAAAGUCCUACUCAGACACUCCAAAGACUGGUGCAAAAUUAUCCAAGUUUCACACCCCUGCUCCUCAAAAACAGUCAGCAAGGUGGCAGGUUGCUAUGGAAUUAUAUCAGACUGAGAACAAUUAUGUUGACAUUCUCACUACAAUAGUACAGCUUUUUCAAGUUCCAUUAGAAAAAGAAGGGCAAGUUGGAGGGCCAAUCCUUGCUCAAGAAGAAAUCAAGACUAUAUUUGGUAGUAUACCAGAUAUUCUUGAUGUGCACACUAAAAUGAAGAGUGACUUGGAAAAACUAAUGAUGGAGUGGACAGAAAGCAAAAGUAUUGGUGAUGUAAUUCUUGCUUAUUCUAAAGACCUGGUGAAAACAUACCCACCUUUUGUAAACUUUUUUGAAAUGAGUAAGGAGACCAUCAUACAGUGUGAAAAACAGAAGCCAAGAUUUCAUGCUUUUCUAAAGAUUAAUCAGGCCAAGCAAGAAUGUGGACGGCAAACUUUAGUCGAGCUAUUAAUUCGACCUGUUCAAAGGUUGCCAAGUGUUGCUCUUCUUCUCACUGACCUAAAAAAGCAUACAUCCGAUGAUAACCCAGAUAAGAUUAUGCUGGAGAAAGCCAUUGACUCGUUAAGAGAAGUCAUGACUCAUAUUAAUGAAGAUAAAAGGAAAACGGAGGGACAGAGGCAAAUUUUUGAAGUGGUUUAUGAGGUGGAUGGCUGUCCAGCAAAUCUGUUAUCCUCUCAUCGCAUGCUGGUACAGAGAGUGGAAACCAUUGCUCUUGGUGAUGAACUUUGUGACCGCGGAGAACAAGUUACGCUUUUCCUAUUUAAUGACUGCCUUGAGAUUGCAAGGAAACGGCAUAAGGUUAUUGGUACUUUCAAGAGUCCUCAUGGCCACACUAGACCCCCUGCAUCCUUAAAACACAUCAGCCUAAUGCCUCUUUCACAGAUAAAGAAAGUGCUUGACAUUCGGGAGACUGAAGACUGCCAUAAUGCGUUUGCUUUGGUAGUGCGACCUCCGACAGAACAGGCAAACCAGCUAUUUAGUUUCCAGCUGACAGCAGAGGAGCCUCCUAAAGUGGAUUGGCUGAAGAUGCUGUGCCGGCAUGUAGCCAACACCAUUUGCAAAGCAGAUGCUGAAAAUCUGAUCUAUACUACGGAUCCAGAUUCUUUAGAGGUCAACACAAGGGAUGUGGAUAGUACAUUGAGCAGAGCAUCAAGAGCCAUAAAGAAAACAUCGAAGAAAGUUACUAGAGCGUUUUCUUUUUCAAAAACUCCCAAGAGAGCCCUCCAGAGGGCUCUAAUGGUGCAAAAUACACCAGAUGGACAGAGCCCAGGCUCAAGCUCAAAGGGCUUUGCUGGUAGUCGCAUGUCAAGCACUACAUCGUUGGCAACAGUCUACUCGCCUUCGGUGGUAAACCUUCCAUCUUUGUUUGAAAAGAAGUACCAUACCUUCAGCCGAUCAACAACACACCUCAUAUAGGAAAUGUUAGUUCCUGCUUUAAAUGACAAAACAGCUGGCUGUUCUUAAAGACUUGGUAGUUCCAAUAUGGUACUCAUGGGUAGCACUUCAUAGCAGCUUGCAAGUAAAAUGAAGUUUAAAGAAAAUGUCUAAUAAGCUGCCUUAGGUGGACUGUAAAGACUUAAUCUGCACAAGUGGCACAUUGGUUGUGUUCUUUUCUCUUUAACAUUGCUUUGUGUGUUAUAUAUGUUUUUAUGUCUGACCUUGAUCCAUGCAUGUUUACAUGGGUCUUUAAACAAUGUCAAUGUCUCAGUGCUUUUUGGAUUAUUUGAAAACCAUAUUUGAUCUGUUUACUGUAAUUUGAUUAAAUCAUGAGCUGAAUAUUAAUAUGCCAAUCUUUAAAUAUGAAAAUGAUCAAACUAUCACUGUGGUGUGGUGAAUUAUGAAGGUAUUUUUAAUACUGACAAUUCCCCCUUCUGUUAGGAUCUCAUUUCUAGUUGUUACGUAAGCAUUCUGCUAGUCUCAAGGCAUUAGUAAAAAUGUAUUGUAAUUUUCGGUGGGCAAAGUGUAUUGCAGUCUGCAGUAAAGUUGUUACUGCUUGUAAUUGAAUCCUGAAAACGACCAUGGUAUCUUCAGAAAGUAAAGUCUUCCAUCCUGCUUUGGUUACAGGGUAUGUGCGGAAAAAGCAUCCUCUAAGAACGUAUUUCAGGAUUUUACUUAUCUGGCAUAUUGUCAAUUCAUAUAGUGACAGGUAUAACUGGCAUAUUUCUGAACCAUAUGAAUAGCUAUAAUAAUGAAAAUUAAAAAAAAUUGAACAUUCAACAUUUUUAAAGGCUUGGUUUGUGUCAGGAAAAAAGAAUCUGACUCCCUUUAAAAUACAAAGUCAGAUUCUACCUUGCAAUUAGGAAAUUACUUCUUGUCUUCAGAUAUUUUAAGGUGUUUGGAUUUUAAGCAAUUUAUACAUAUUUAUUUAUAGCCAAAAUAUGGCUUUUAAUGCAAGAAAAUUGUGUUUCUGAUUCUCAUUGUACUUGUAACACUAAUUUUUUUUUUCUUUCGUUUUCUACUGUAAUUUUGAUGUCUCUUGAGUAAAACCUGAAAUGUGGUAAUUGACACAGGUAUUCAUUAGUCUCAAAAUACAGAAUUUUGUGAGGGGCAAGCUUAUUGACGCAGUUUGCGUUCAUAACAACU